GCUGCCGAGUGUGACGUCUAAUCUAGUGGACGGGCCGCUUCUUUAUUAACAACAGCUUGUUGAGCUAUCUCGGUAGCUUGCUAGGCAACAUAGCCGAAACAUUGGAGCUCUUUAGACGCGUUCAGUGUAUAUUUUUCUGUGUUUUAAAACAUACUUCUUUCGUAUAGCUAGUUGCCCCAUUUAAUUUCAUAUUUACUUUGUAAAUCGGGUAGCUAGCUGGCUGGAUAAAUUAGAUUAGCUCCAGGCUAGUCGUUAAUGCUAACCCGCUAGCUAGCUAACAUCCCAGACCAUGAGUUCACUAAGCUACUCUCCUCCUGUUAAAGAAGAGGAGGUCUACUGGACGGAGAAAGAACCUCUGGGGAUGAACAUUGUCAUGAAAGAAGAAGAGGAUGUUUCAGUAAAAGGAGAGGAAGAAGCUUUCAGAAUGAAAAAGGAGGAAGAGGAGGCUAUCAGUAUCACAUUGAAAGAAGAGGAUGAUGUUACAGUGAAAGAAGAGAGAGAACAUUUUAGAGUGAAAGAUGAAGAGGGGAUAGAGACUGUCACAGUGGAAGAAGAGAAAGAACCCUUUGUUGUGGCAGAGGAGGCUAUCUUAAGAAAAGAGGAGGAAGACGUUUUGGGAGAUGAAGAGGAAGGAGAGGAGACUGAAGAUCUGAUUAUCACCAGAGAGAGACCAGACUCUCACUCUGACAGCGGGAAGAGUCCUUCAGGGGAACCAGACCCAGAGACGCCCAAACCAGGGAGACAACACCACUGCUCCCACUGUGGAAAGAGUUUUAGUUGGUUAGGGUACCUAAAACAGCACGAGAGAAAACACACAGGAGAAAAGCCUUUCCAAUGUUCCCAGUGUGGAAAGAGAUUUACCUGGUUAGGAAGCCUAAGGGAGCAUAAGAGAAUACACUCUGGAGAGAAACCGUUCCACUGUUCCCAGUGUGGAAUGACUUUCGCCUGGUUAGGGAGCCUGAAAACCCAUGAGAGUUCACACACAGGGGAAAAACCUUUCCAAUGUUCCCAGUGUGGAAAGCGUUUUACCCAGUUAGGGAGGCUGAAGGAGCAUGAGAAGAUACACACAGGGGAAAAGCCUUUCCAAUGCUCCCUGUGUGGAAAGAGUUUUACCAAGUUAGGGGCCCUGAAGGAGCAUGAGAAGAUACACACAGGGGGAAAGCCUUUCCAAUGCUCCCUUUGUGGAAAGAAUUUUACCCGCUUAGGGAACCUAAAAGAGCAUGAGACAAAACACACACAAGAAAAGCCCUACCACUGCUCCCUGUGUGGAAAGAGUUUUACCAAGUUAGGAGCCUUGAAUAGACAUGACAGGACACACACUGGAGGGGAUAAGACGUACUACUGCUCCCUGUGUGGAAAGACAUUUAACCGAUUAAGACAUCUGAAUAAGCAUGAAAGAAUACAUACACAGGAGGAGAAGACAUACCACUGCUCUCAGUGUGGAAAGACAUUUUCCCAGUUAGAGGAUCUGAAAUCACAUGAGAGAAUAGAGAGACUGUGUUCUGACUUAAGUUUUUGAUUGAGAAGUCAUAUUGUUUAUAUGAACUUUAAAAACUUUUUUUUUUUUAUGUUUAUCUGGAGACCUGAUCUAAAAUCAGAUUAAACACAAUUUGUAUUUUGUUUUGAUUAUGAACUUUAAUAAUUUGGGGAUAUUAUUAUAUAGAUUAAUGGAGUUUUGGAUUUCUUGAUUCUAACCUUAAACCUCUUGAAUGUGAUCUGGCUUUUCGCUAAAUUAAUUUGAUUUGAAUACACGAUUUAGAUAUUGCACCAUGUACAUUAUGGAAUAGAUUAAUAGAAUGAGCAUUUCUUCAUUUUGAACAUUGAAACCUCUUGAAUUUAGUCGUUCUGUUUCAUCGAGUUCAUUUGUUUACUUGUCGUCAAGAUAAAGGACGAUGAAAAUGUGAUGGCGUUUUUAUAACAACAUGGAUAAGUUGUUGACAUGAAAAACAUGAAUGUUCCCAUCCACUAUGUAGAAGCAGUAUAGAGUUGUUUAUUUUGAUAUUAUCUGUUGACUGAAUGAAUCAGAAUUGGCAUAGAAUACAGAUGUGUACUAGAUGUGAAGUCUAUAAUUCUCACUCGUCAAAAGUUCAUUGAUGAACCAAAGCUUCUCUUUGUAAGUCUCAAUAUAAUAUUAAUCUUUUGAAAGAAACUUUGUCUGAAAAUCAAAUAUUUUCCUCAACUGCGUUACCCACUCCAGACAACAGAUGGCGAUGUUUCUAGCGUGACGUAUAAUCUAGUGGACGGGAUGCUUCUUUGUAAUAAAAUAAUACUUUUUUUUGUCUUAAUUUAUUUAGUACCAAUACUCCCUUUACCCUGUCUAACUAGUACCAAUACUCCCUUUACCCUGUCUAACUAGUACCUUUACCCUGUCUAACUAGUACCAAUACUCCCUUUACCCUGUCUAACUAGUACCAAUACUCCCUUUCAUGAUGUCCUCCCACAAUCUGCCCUGUCUAACUAGUACCAAUACUCCCUUUACCCUGUCUAACUAGUACCAAUACUCCAUUUACCCUGUCUAACUAGUACCAAUACUCCCUUUACCCUGUCUAACUAGUACCAAUACUCCCUUUCAUGAUGUCCUCCCACAAUCUGCCCUGUCUAACUAGUACCAAUACUCCCUUUACCCUUUGAAGUUAACUAGUUGAUGAUAUUUCACUUAGCUAUAGUAUGUAUAGUUGACUAGAUAGCUAGCUAACAAGCAGCUCAUUAGCCUACACAGUGGCCUACUGCAGAUAGCUAGCUAACAAGCAGCUCAUUAGUCUAUACAGUGGCCUGCUGCAGAUAGCUAGCUAACAAGCAGCUCAUUAGCCCACACAGUGGCCUGCUGCAGAUAGCUAGCUAACAAGCAGCUCAUUAGCCUACACACUGUAGCCUGCUGCAGAUAGCUAGCUAACAAGCAGCCCAUUAGUCUACACUGUGGCCUGCUGCAGAUAGCUAGCUAACAAGCAGCUCAUUAGCCCACACUGUGGCCUACUGCAGAUAACUAGCUAACAAGCAGCUCAUUAGCCCACACUGUGGCCUGCUGCAGAUAGCUAGCUAACAAGCAGCUCAUUAGCCUACACACAGUGGCCUGCUGCAGAUAGCUAGCUAACAAGCAGCUCAUUAGCCCACACUGUAGCCUGCUGCAGAUAGCUAGCUAACAAGCAGCUCAUUAGCCUACACACUGUAGCCUGCUGCAGAUAGCUAGCUAACAAGCAGCUCAUUAGUCUACACACUGUGGCCUACUGCAGAUAGCUAGCUAACAAGCAGCUCAUUAGUCUAUACACAGUGGCCUGCUGUAGAUAGCUAGCUCACAAUACAGCGUUUAACAUUUCCCAAAGGUAUUUACUUAUGAUGGCUGGCAGUUUGCACCUGGUAUUGUCCUUAAGCUAAGAUAAAUUAGCAUACACACACACACACACACACACACACACAGAGAGAGAGUCAAUGUCAAAAUUAAUUUGAUAAAAUCCUUCUUAUAUCAGCAUCUUGUAUUUAUUAUGGAACCCUAUUGGCUGUUACCAAGGCAACGGUUGCCGGGGUCCAGCAACGCGAGACCGUUCCAUAACGUCACACCUGACGCAACACAGUCAGUGUUGUUCCCUCAGGCCACCACUCCACCGACACAUAUUUACAAUGCCACAUCCAUGUGUAUUUAUUAAGGAUCCCCAUUAGUUCUGCCAAGG